AUGACGCUACUCCACGCCCGCCCCGCCCCCGGUGACGCACCACGCAGGCGGCGGUGGGUCACGUGCGGCGCGCGGACGUGCGGCCUGUGGCAUCCGGAGCGCCGCGUCGCCGCCAUGUUGCCGUUGCCGCCGUUAUUGCUGCUGCUGCUGCUGGUGGGCCCCGCGCGGCCCAUCUCCUUCCAGCUGCCGGGCAAGGCGCGCAAGUGCCUGCGCGAGGAGAUCCACCGCGACACGCUGGUCACGGGCGAGUACGAGAUCGGCGCCCCGCCCGGCUCCUCGUGGGGCUGUAUUUCCCACUCUCAUGAUCCAUCUCUCCUACAGAUAACUGACUCGGCCGGACAUAUCCUCUAUGCCAAGGAGGAUGCCACUAAGGGCAAGUUCGCCUUCACAACUGAGGACUAUGACAUGUUUGAGGCCUGUUUUGAGAGCAAGCUACCUGUGGGAACGGGGCGGAUGCCGGACCAGCUUGUGAUCCUGGACAUGAAGCAUGGAGUGGAAGCAAAGAACUACGAGGAGAUUGCUAAAGUGGAGAAGCUAAAGCCUCUGGAGGUGGAGCUGCGGCGCCUGGAGGACCUUUCUGAGUCCAUUGUCAAUGAUUUUGCUUACAUGAAGAAACGAGAGGAGGAGAUGAGGGACACCAAUGAGUCAACGAACACGAGGGUCUUGUACUUCAGCAUCUUCUCCAUGUGCUGUCUUAUUGGACUGGCCACCUGGCAGGUUUUCUACCUGCGUCGCUUCUUCAAAGCCAAGAAGUUGAUUGAGUAAGAAGGCAACUCCCCUUCCCCUCCUCCUGAGCCCUGCUGGACACCAUUGGAACCCAACAAUGGCUCUUCAGAGCCAUCUUAUAGAUGAUACCACUGACUGGAGCUUUCCUGCAGGAACUGGCCCCCUAAAGUGGGAGGAGGGGAGCAUAAGCACUGGAGACAGCUGGGGGAGUCUUCAGUCCUGUUGGAAUAUGGGUUUGGGGGAGGGUGUGAUGGGUGCAGGGACUCAGGGGGCAGCGAUUAAAUAAAAAUUAUGUUUCCUUGACAGUUGCAGUUGGCCUUUGCUGCUGCCUGUUCUCCUUUAUAAUCUAGGUUUGAUUCGGUCUCCUAUCAUGCCUGUGACCAUUGCAUUACUCUAAGCCACUUGAAUCUGCUGAGCUUGCUCUCUGCCACACUAAAACUGGAGGUGGGGAAGGGGUAGGACCCCAAGCUCUGACCUGCUGGAACCAUAUCCUUGUGCUAGCAGACCUUGUUGCAGAGUGACAUGGGUUGCAGUUUUAGCAGGGACUCUGAGACAUAGUCUUUGUCAGACCUUGGUGUUUCUUCCUGUGGGAGCUGGAAUCCUUGGCUGAUGACUGGAGGAAAUUGGGCACAUGGGUGUGGAGGAAGGGGAGCUAAAUAAUUCAGCAAUAAAUUGUGGAGCUUGGAGAUGAGAAGCCUGCCUUGCUUGGACAAGUUCGGAUUUGGCCCAAUCUGACUGGCUGUUUGCCUUGGAUUUGCUUUUUUCAUUCUGGAAUGAUGAGGCAGUUUCCUAAAAGCAGCUUGGUUGCUGAGGAGCUUUGUGUGAAGAUGGGAGGCCUCACACAGGUAUAUUUGUAGUGCGAAUGGGAAUAUGGUAGGUUGGGAAUUUCAGUUUUUGGUAAAGAUCAGUGAGCCCCUCUUCUCAUCUGACAUGGCUAGACUUGAUGCAGUGUGAGGCUGGCUGGACUUUUAUGUUACCAGACUUUAAAACAGGCAGCAGUAGCUUGGUUUAGCUGUAGCAAAGUGGAAUGUGAAGCCUUGUAUGUGGUGUGUGUACCCUUUGUGCUUGGGGAGACCCUGCAUACCAUUUAGCAAAGGAGUGGAUAGGGGAAUGUAGAUGACCUGGAGUACAAUGUACUGGGAAUAGUCAUAUGCCCUUCUGUAAGUCUCCAAGCUGGUGAGAACUUGUGGUGAGGGCAGAAUUGUCUUGGAAACCUUCUUAAACUGAUGAAAACAACUAUGCUACAGAGAGGAGGAAGUCUUUUGUGAUUCUUCUCUUGCUAGCAUGGUGCUGUGCUGAAACAAGCCAGUUUGGGAGGACCAGGUAGGCUCACUUCCUGAACGUAUUCCGCAGCAAUUUCUAGACAGAAUUAUUACAGUUCUUCCACCUUGUCUGCAUUCCCAUGGAAUAAAAAGUUCAGUAGCCUGGAAAACCCCAACCCUAUACCUUGUCCCUCCUGGCUGGGAGUGUUAUGUGCCCCUAGCCCUGGGGUCUCCUUACCAUUCAGAAAAAGCAGCUUUUGCAGUUUUUUUUUUUUAAUGUUGUGAACUUAGACUAGAAAUAAGUUGAUAUUUGUGCUGGGGUGGGGUGGUCCAGAAUCAAAGAUUGUCAUAACGCAGGAUUGUCCACUGUUGCCUCAGCACUUCAGGGACAUUGAAUUUUUGUACUGUUUGAAAUUGUGUGUCUUUUUAGGCUGCUUGGUUUCUCCUCAUCAACCUCCCAUCCCUGCUGCCAGGAUAGUGGUAUUGCUAGUUCUGCCUGCAAGUGCUCAGACUGUGUCUAAAAUCCUGCUUUUUUUAUAAGCUAUAUGAAAAACCUCUAAAGCCUGUCUGCUUUAUCCCUCUAAAUGCUUGGAAGCUGUUAGAACACAGAGUAGCAGGGAUGCCACAGUAGGUUGAGAUUGAGCCUCAAAGGUAUUCAGACUGUCUGAAGCCUGUAGCAGAGCUGCUGUAUUUAUACAAAAGAAAAGAGAAUAUUUGGAGGUGGCCUCUCCUGAUGAUUCCUUGUUCACUAAGAUGCAGUGAUUUCUGAUUUAUCUGAUGUAAAUGAGGUGGGGGAGACUUGCUUUACACCUGGCUGUCUAUUGCUCCUUUAAUUCCCUUGGGGUUGCCUAGCUUCCUUUUCUGCUCAUUGUGGUGGUUGAAUGGUUAUCAGGACACAGGUGUGAGGAACUUGUACGGAUCUGCCUGUAAUUUCUGGCUUGGGGAUUUUUGUCGGUUUUCUCAAUAAAAUUUGUUUUAUUUUGUUGGGGGAA